AACAACAAUAUCGAGUAUCGACUAAUUUAUAAGUAUAGACAAUGAACAAUUGGUAAACUCUAAGUCUUAUCUGUUCUAAUAUAAACUGUGGACUGUCAUUACGUCUUUAGUCUCUGGGAUUUUGACGGCCCAAGUGGAAAGAGAUUCGUGCCGAAAAUGUAUAAAUUUACGAAUCAUUUAUCAAAUGCAAAACUGGUAUUGGUAAGAAGACAGAUAGAUGGAACGUCUGCUGCGCUAAUAGUAAUGCGGUCGCCGCGACGGCAAUAUGCGCAACAGGACGACAAGUGUGCCACACCACCGAGACCUCCCAAAUCACGCAAACUCUUGUGGAGUGCUGUCGGUGCUACCGUGCUAACGGGAGCUGCUGUAGUUUACGCUAAGAGCAGUCCGGAGGCACGAAACUGGUUAGAAUCAAACAUCCCUUGGGCCAAUGACUUUGUGGCGCUUGUCUAUCAAGAAAACACUACAUAUUGGAAGUUCUCAGUGAACCAGUUUAACAAAGCAACCACCGCACUCAGCCAUUUUAUGUUUGGAAAGGAGGGUGUAUCGCCACCAGAUGUCAAGCCAAGAUCAGAACAAGACAUAGAUGCUGAUGCUGCUAAAAGUUUUGCUAAGAAAGACUACCAGUUGCCACCGCCGUCAUUCCAACCGUUGUACCAUGAGGAAAAGAAAUUGGAAACACCUAAAGUUGAAACACCAGCAACACUAGUCCAAACAGAGAAAUGUGAGCCGGCCUCCCCUCCACCAGUGAAAAUCACUAAGGACAUGGUGGAACUUGAACACGACAUGCACGAAAACACUAAGAUGGCCGUAGACAACUUUAAAAAGGCCACACAGUACUGCACAGAUUAUAAUAAGGCUCUGUAUAAGGUUGUGGAAUCCUCUCUAGAUGACCUAGAUAGGAAGUAUUUCACGGCGCUACAGGGCGCUCAAUCAGAGAGGGAUGGUGCAAUCAAGAAGGCACAGGAAGCGUCGGCUAAAGCGAAACUCGCCAUUGAGACAUUAGAUCGCAUGAUAAAGGCUGGUGUGCAAGCGCCGCCGGAGUCGAUCGUGGCGACGCAGCGGUACAUCAAGCAGUUCAGGGCGGACCUGGCCGCCGCAGAGGCCGAGUUCAAAGUCGAACUGGACAAAUCCGUGCUUAGCGACAAGUAUUGGAAUAAGGUGGAAACGGCUCGCAACGCGUACAAGGAGGAGUUGCAGAUUCUGUUCCCGGGCUUGGAUCUUAACACUCGCAAGCUUGACAUCAAAGGCGACACCGAUUUGCUGCUACUCUAUGCGCUUAAGCAGGUUCAAUUCCUGCAAAACCAGCUGGCUGAGUUGCAGACUGUUAGGGACUUGAAAAUCAAUAGGGCUAUUGAAUGCCACGACGAGAAAGCAAUAAUUGAAGCUAAGGUCGAGGAUAUGAUUAAGUCUGAGAGAAUCGAGAGGGAGAAGGAAUUCCAAAAGAGGAGUCUAGCCAUCCAAGCAGAGGCUAACAGACACUUGAAAGAGCAACUUAAGAAACAAUUUGAGAUCCAGCAGGAAGUGUUGCAAGAUAGACUUAGCAAGAAAGAGAAGGAGGUGAUGGCGAAAUUCAGCCGAUCAGUGUCUGAGCAAGUGGAGAAGGAGCGAGUGCAGUUCAAGAAGGAGCUAGCGGCGAUGGCGGGCAAACUGCAGGCCAUAGAGCAGACGCUCAAACAGCGUGCGAAGGCGGAGGCGGAGGCGCGCCGCUCGCAGUCGCUGUGGGCGGCGGCCGAGGCGCUGCUCGCCGCCACGCGCCGCCAGGCGCCCGAGACCAAGGUCGACGGGGAACUCACCGCACUCGAAAAAGCUGGUAAAGAUGACAAGUUAGUGCAAACGAUACUUAAGGGGAUCCCGGCGGAAGUCCGCGAGAAGGGCAUCGUUACUGAGAGGUCGCUCAGGGAGAGGUUCGAUAAGAUGGAGAAGACAGCGGCGAAGGUGGCGUUGGUGGGACGUGACGGCGCCUCUUUGCCUGUCUACUUCCUUUCGUGGUUGCAAUCGAAGCUUUUGUUCCAAAAGUUUUCUGAAAUUCCCAAGGAUGAGUUGGACAACCUGCCCACAGAUUUCACGAAAUUGGACACGUUCGACAUCAUACAGAGGGCGAGGUACUACAUGGACCAGGGCGACCUGGGCGCGGCGCUGCGCUACGUGAACCUGCUGCAGGGCGGCGCGCGCGCGGCGGCCGCGGCCUGGGCGCGCGCCGCGCGGCACCACCUCGAGACGCGCCAGGCCGCGCAUGCGCUCAUGGCACACGCCUCCGUCUCCGGGCUGCUCUAUCUCUGAACACGGCGCUCGGCACAGGGGAUAAACGCAACACCUACACCACACGCCUUCAACUCAUACAAACAUUACCUAUGAAUUUACAACACCAAUAUUUUAUUUAUUGAAAGAAACAUGAGUACCUUUCUACCUGUAAAUAUUGUUAUUCAGUGUUGUCAUUGUUUUAAUGUAAUCUAUGCAACCAUGUACUGAUUAAAUUAAAAGUGGAUAAAUAAUAUUUAUCGGUAAGACUUUGAAAUCAAUGCUUAAAAUUUACAUAGGUCUUGCGUUUAAUCUCACAUAGUUAGAAAUGGAAAUUAUCAUCAAACUUAUUAUGAACAUUUUGUUAAAUACCGAGUCUUAUAACCUAUCUUAUCCGUCACAUCGUUCUUCAGUAAAAGAUAGUAAAGAUAUAUUCACAUCCUCCUUUUACAGUCAAUUAUACACUGUUUAUAUUUUAAAUCAAAAUUAAUUGAUUUUGCAAUGAUUUUGUCAGUUUGGUUUUUGAUACUUGCACUUGUCUAUUCUCAAAUAGUAUGAUCAAACAAUUAUCGACUGACAGGAAUCGACUAUAAAGUCAUAUGUAUGCGUAGACGACGUGUCGCUUUAUACUAUAGUAGGUAUACUUUGUUACAUAUGAACCUGUAUGUUGUAGCUAGACAGCUUUUUGUGGCACAUACGUCAGCAUUUAGCAUGAAAUUUUUCUUCAAGAAUUGCUGUUCAAUGACGUAGAAGUAAAUAUUGGGAAUAGUAUACAUUGCAUCUGGCAAGACAAUAUUAUAACACUGAUUUAUAAAAUAAUAAUAUUAUGUAGCGAAAUUAAAAAUGCUUUAGUAAAUUUAUAUAACUUGUUAUUUAUUUAAACAAAAGGUUCACAUUAUUAUUAAUGUUAGGUGAAUGAUAGCUCGAUAUAAUAUAAUUAUAUAGAAAAACGGGAAAACGAGGAAACUGCCGUGUUAUGAUUUUUUGGCAUACACAACAUGGUGUGAAUAUUAUUAUUCUACUUCAUAUUUAUUUUUGAAUAUAAAAACAGUUUUUUUGGAGUGUUUGUUUUACCAUCGUUGAGUUGGUUUUAUGAAGUGAGUGUAGCCAGUAAGUACAUUAAAGUAUACCCCACUUUCGUUCAAAGUUCUAUUUUUAAAUAGAAAAUUGAAAAAAAUCGAUUGAUUUAUUUGUUAAAAGGUUGAGAAUUUUGUGAAGAAUAUCAAAAAUCUUUUUUAAAAAUGUAAAAGUAACAACUACUGCUGGACAUAGAAAAAUAGCAAAAAUUUUCAUAUUUCUUUUUUGCAUAAAACAUUUUGCAUUUAAUUUAAAAGUGACUUGAAUUUCGCUGCCAGCGUUAAAUGUGGACGGAUCUUAAUUUAUGUAAAUAUUAAAAUGUUGUAUGUAAUAAAUUAACAUAAUGUUUUUUA